GCGACAUGUAAAGAUAUUUUCAUUACGAUGACGUCGGCUGCUGAGCUCGCUACUUUAAAUACGUUAGAUUAGAGACCAUACGGAGAUAAUGAUAGUAUUGUAGGCCUAACAUGUUUCGCUACCUUGGAGCUAAUUAGGUAUAUACUUAGUAGUAGUCACGGUGAUAGUGGAUAAUAAAAUAAAACGGCCAAAAUAAAACUAUAAACUAAAAGAAAAGCAACUUCGUUUGAUUGCAAAGGACUUGACCUAUACGUACAUCUUUACAUAAGUGCUCUCUUAUGGCAUUGAACCAUGUAUAAGCUGAAAAUGAUUGCUAAAUUCGUUUGAAUACCGUUAAGUGUUUGAGGGAUAAACUUGGAAUGUCCUUGAAGAAGACAAAUGUAUUACCCUGUUUCGUUGCAGAUAGGCCCAAGUUCCGAGUGUGUUCACUUGUGAACAUUUUCAACGUCUCACAAGUUUGUAUACGCUAUAAUCGUGCAACGACAUAGGCCUAUUUUCCAAAAUGGAACACUUGAAUGAAACCACUUUUCUUGAAUAUUGUGCUGAAAAUAACAUGACCCUUUCGAACAUUUCGACUCCUGCCGCCGCGGAGAGUCUAAUCUACACCCAUGUAGACUUCAUCAUAACUGCCGUCAUCAUGCCGGUACUUUUAGUUCUCGGUUGGAUCACAAAUGGAGCCUUCCUUUUCGUCGUGUAUCGCGUCAAGUAUAUGCACACGAUAACAAACCUAUACCUAGUCAAUCUUUCCAUAAGCGACGUCGUAUUUCUGAGUUUUGCUAUAGGAGAUAAACUCUGGAUGUACGCAACCUCCGACGUUUACAUGGACAAUGUUGCGAAAGAUGUUGUAGAUAUAUGUGUGAUAUAUUUCUUUAAGAACAUUGCUUAUUUUUCAGGCCAGUUUCUGAUAAGUCUAAUUGCCCUAGGCCGUUCUUACGCUGUGUGUAAACCGCUAGAACAAUAUAAAGUGAAUAGCCUCACACGAGCGAUGACGUUGCUAACUUGUACCUGGUGUUUUGCUUUUAUACUAGCUGCAUCUAUGACACCUGGGUACAUGGGCCGAAUCACCAAGUGCAUACUUUGGCCAGACGAUGAAAUUUACAGCCAUUACCCUGACACGCAUGUUUAUUUCGUUGCAAUUUCAAAAGCUGUAAAGGUUUAUGUGGAAAUCAUUCAAACAGUUCCAUUUUUUGUUAACGUGAUUUUUGAGACCGUAUUCUACGUUCUAAUAAUCCGUAGCUUGUAUUCGAGAGUUGCAACGCGCGUAAGCAAUGGUGUCAAUGGCGGGAAACUCACAGAAAUCCGAAAUCAAGUAACGCGAAUGUUGAUUAUAAAUGGCGUAGUGUACAUUCUUCUCUCGUCACCAUUUCAAGUGUAUUCGCUGAUGAGCAUGCUUAGCACAUUUCGAGAAUUACGGCUUUCUCAGCCACAACUAAAAAUGUUUCUACAUAUCGCGCGUGUGCUGGUGUAUACAAACUCUGUUGUGAACCCCAUUAUAUAUAACUUAUCAAGUCACCAGUAUCGGCAAGCAUUUUUCAGAGCGUUUAGCUGUAGAGGUUCGAAAUUUUCCGGGGGUUCGUUCUGUGUAUCUGCUAAGAGUCACAGGGGAACUACUACUUCUAGUUCUACGGUAAAGAGUGUCACACAAUUAACUAGAAAGGAGUGGUGUUCUUUGAUGGGUAAUGGUGAGAGUACUUACCUGUAG